AUGGUGAAUAACCGUUUCGUCCUUGAGCGCAUCGACCCCGACCGCGCCGGGUCCUCGGAUCCAACCACGCAUCGUCCAAAGCGGCGGUGCUUACCUCCUGACCCUUGCUUACCAGCCGGGUUACCCUCUACAGGUUUCCUACGGCGCGAAGCGAAUAGCAUCGCACCGAAAACCCUGGCUAGCCAGAGCGCCAACCUGUCACUAUCACUCCCGGGCAGCCCGCGUGAUGCACUCUUCGACGCACUGAAUAGCGAGUUCCCAGAUCCAGAACGCGAGACUGACGUUGAACCCGAGUCAAGACCUGCGCAGCAUUCCCCUCCGAGCUCCCUGCGUCGUGCAUCGCUAAACUGGGUAGCUCAACUUGCGAAGCCCGGCUCCCUCAAAUCUACAAAAGUGUGGAGGACGCCUCAGGCCUUUGAAGUGCUGAGCGCUAUCGAUAAGAAGGAUAUCAUAUUCCUCAUGGAGGUACGAGAUAAGGCUUUCGAAAUGCUCCUACGCAAAACACCGAAUGGCACCACCCCAUUACUUUACGCCAUGCAGCAAGGCAAAUCCCACCAGGAUGUGGCCAUCAUACUCAUAGGGGCGUUCUCCAAAUUUGUGAAUCGGCUCGAGGACGCAGACUUUUCAAGGCCCAAGACCAAGGAGUUACUCAAAGCUCUCCGCGGAAAUCUCAAGCUCGCCAUUGAUUACGGCCUACAAUCCGCGCAGAACGAUCUGAUCUCGUCCUUCAUGCAAACUCUCAUCAUGAGCGAAGGGGAGAAGUGGGUUCAUGAGCAGAUAUCCAACACUGGCACAGCGUUGCGUGCAGGGAACAUUGUGCAACCUGUUCAAUCAGCGCGGUCAGCGGUCCAAAGCUUUGCUACGAAACAGUUGAAGAAUCUUGGCGAAGGCCAGACCAUUGCCUCGCUGGAAGACUACGUAGCAAACGCCACUGGCGAUCUCCUUAUGAUGGGUGCAUGGUCCAUAGCGGCAACCUUCAUUGAUGAUCAGGAGCCCAUCCCAGUUUGGUAUUUUGCGCGUGACGACAGGGUUUACAAGGCCUUUAUGGAACGUAUUGAGCGCCACAAUGAUCGAAUACAGAUUCGAGGGAGCAAGCGCCUGAAAUGGCAAAUACGUGUACUAGCAGAGAAGCUGGAAGGGCGUACAACGACCUGGCGUAGCAAGGUGGAAAGUCUAGCACAAUCACUUGAUCGAGGAAUAGCUGGCCACGAUCUGACAGUAUCAUGCUGUCUCAUUGCUCUGCACGUCUUCGCCCGUACAAGGUGCCGGCCAGGUUCUAGUCCACAACCUGACGUCGGCGUAUCAUCGGGCAUAUAUUGA